AUGAAUAAGAUCAAUGAGAGUGUCCCCCAAGAGUUCAUCCUCUUAGGUUUCUCAGAUCGACCAUGGCUGGAGCUUCCGCUGUUUGUGGUGUUCCUGAUUUCCUAUAUCUUGACCAUCAUGGGCAAUCUAGCAAUAAUUAUUGUGUCCCGUCUGGAUUCCAAGCUCCAUACCCCCAUGUAUUUUUUUCUUACCAAUCUCUCACUCUUGGACCUUUGCUAUACCACAAGUACAGUUCCACAGAUGCUGGUAAACAUAUGCAGCCUCAGGAAGGUGAUUAGUUAUGGCGGCUGUGUGGCACAGCUUUUCAUUUUCCUGGCUUUGGGUUCCACCGAAUGCCUCCUCCUGGCUGUCAUGUCCUUUGACAGGUUUGUAGCUAUUUGCCGGCCUCUCCACUACUCCAUCAUCAUGAACCACAGGCUCUGCCUCCAGCUGGCAGCUGCAUCCUGGGUUAGUGGCUUCAGCAACUCAGUUUUGCAGUCCACCUUGACCCUGCAGAUGCCACUCUGUGGCCACAAGGAAGUGGAUCACUUCUUCUGUGAAGUCCCUGCUCUGCUCAGGUUGUCAUGUGUAGACACAACAGCAAAUGAAGCCGAACUAUUCUUUAUCAGUGUGCUAUUCCUUCUAAUACCUGUGACACUCAUUCUGAUAUCAUACGCUUUUAUUGUCCAAGCAGUGUUGAGAAUACAAUCAGUGGAAGCUCGGCAAAAAGCAUUUGGAACAUGUGGCUCCCAUUUGAUAGUGGUGUCACUUUUUUAUGGCACUGCUAUCUAUAUGUACCUGCAACCGCCAUCCCCUGCCUCCAAGGACCGGGGAAAGAUGGUAUCCCUUUUCUAUGGAAUCAUCACACCCAUGUUGAACCCCCUUAUAUACACACUUAGGAACAAAGAUGUAAAGGGAGCAUUUAAGAGGCUGAUUGCAAGGGUUUUCUUAAUCAAGAAAUAUCCAAAUGGUAGGCCUUGUUAA